AUGACUGCUACAACACCUGGGGUCCAAUUGCCUCCGGGCAACACGACGUUGACGGUGAAGUUGAUUAAUCCAGUCAAUUUUGGGCCGGCUAUAUUGAAUCGUUUCAUGGCACCGCCUGUCCCCGGGCUGGAAACUUUUAAGACUUCACCUUCUCUGACAUUCUUCUUGGAGCAUCCCUCUGGCAGGAAGCUGGUCUUUGAUCUUGGUAUUCGGAAGGAUUAUGGCAAUUAUUCCAAGCCGAUUACCGACUAUCUUCCAACCACAAAAUACGACAUCCAGGUGACGAAGAACGUGAUCGAUGUUCUCCAGGAACACGGGAUCGCGGGAUCUGAUAUUGAGGCCGUCAUAUGGAGCCACUGGCAUUGGGAUCAUAUUGGGGAUCCAUCUAGUUUCCCCUCCUCUACAGACUUGAUAGUUGGGCCAGGCUUCAAGAAAGCCAUGUUGCCUGGCUACCCAGCAAACCCAAGCUCGCCAAUUCGUGAAAGCGACUAUGAGGGUCGGACACUACGUGAAAUCGAGUUUGACAGUCCCGAACAACUGCGUAUUGGAGAGUUCAGCGCCUUUGACUACUUCGGAGAUGGAUCUUUCUACCUUCUAGACAGCCCUGGACAUGCCAUCGGGCAUCUUUGUGGACUUGCGCGAACAACGACAAAUCCUGACACCUUUGUUCUCAUGGGAGGCGACAUAUGUCACUAUGCAGGCAUUUUCCGGCCCUCACCUCAUCUCCCGGUGCCCUCAUCAAUCUCUCCACACCCUUUCCGGCCUGAAAGCAGCACGCCUCUAUGUCCAGGCACCGCUUUCGACGAGUUGCAGAAGUCCAGAGGGAGAAAAUCCACCGAUUCCCUGUUUGAUAUGACCUUUGGCGGUGACAUCCCUCUGGCGAACAAAACCAAAGGCCACCUGCAGCAGCUGGAUUGCGAUGAGAACGUCUUUGUCAUCAUUGCACACGAUUCCACCGUCAGAGACGGUGUUGAACACUUUCCAAAGACUUUAAACCAGUGGAAGGAGAAAGGGUGGGGAAAGAAGCUCAAAUGGGCAUUCUUCCGUGACCUGGAGCCGUACUGGAAAUCUCAGGACAUCCAGUAA